CCCCUCACCACCUUUAUAUAUAUACCACCUUUAACACUUGACGUGGAUUCACAUCUUUCUGACUCAAUCACAAACCUUUUGACCUCACUCAAAUCAUCAUUUUUUCCAUUAAAAGCUUGACCACCACCACCCUAUAUCCCACAACUUGCCGUGUUAAUUCGAGAUUCUGAUCACUACCCAUUUCAUUUCACAGAAAACCCUUGUAAUCUUAUCAACUUUCAUGGCCAUGAAACAACAAAUUCGUGGUUUCCGAAUUCGCAUGAAGCUUGCUAAAGUGAUCAAAUGGGCACUUCAUGAAAAACCCUUAAAUGGUACGGACAAAGCCAUGACAAGGCUAUGCAAGUUCGGCAGGAGUAUAAAAAGAACCAUAAAAGACCUCUUGUUGUUGAAACCGGGUUCAAAUUAUAUUCGGCUUGGGCGAGAAAGCAUGGAUAGGGAAAAACCGGUGCCGAGAGGGCAUUUGGCGGUUUAUUUUGGAGAAGAAGAGGAUGAUUUACGUAGGGUUUUGGUGCCGGUGAUUUAUUUUAAUCAUCCACUUUUUGGUGAGUUGUUGAGGGAGGCUGAGAAGGUUUAUGGGCAUGAUCAUUGUGGUGGUAUACAUGUACCGUGCCGGUUUUCUGAAUUCGAGGAUGUACAAAGUAGGAUUAGUGCCGCCGGUGGUUGUGGUGUGUAUGGUGGUUCACGGCGGAGCUGGUUGUAACGGUGGUGGUUGACUAGAGUCACCUAUUUUUAAAGAGAUUAUAUUGUUUGUGUUUCAUGUUUUCUAGUGGUUUGUGCUACUUUGUUAGCCUCCUUGUCACAUGUAAAUAUAAUUUGGAGUUUAUCUUUUAAAGUUUUAAUAAAUUUACUAAUGCAAGAUAUGCAAAAGUGAUUGAUUCAAA